GAAGCAGCCGAAACGCACGUGCACGGAAAUUGUGCAGCCGUUAUUGUGCCAACUUGAGAUUGCGCAAUCGAGUCCGAACCAUAGUUUUAGCUUAGUGGAGUGCAGUUUUUUUACUUAUUUAUAAUUCGUUCGUAUUACCGCUGAAGUUAACUUGACUACCAGACUUUAAAUUUCUUUUCUCUCUAUUUUUUUGUGGGUUAGAACUUUAAGGUUACGCAUGUAUUUUAAAAUUAAAGACUUGCUUAUGAUCCAUUCCUUCUACAGAGACUCAUUCUGUUUGUUGAUGUCUUGGUUAAUAUUUUCAUCGUGUCAGUUUAUUUCUGUUUCCUAAUAAACUUCAGCGUAGAGGAUUUAUUCCUCAUCAUGAAAGUAUACAAGUUCAAAAAUUAUGCUUCGUAAAUCUCAGGUUUCAUUUCUAGAAGGAAUGUCAUCAACAAAUCAAUGGUGUGUGCCUGAUGAAGUGCAUGAUGUUUUGUCCGUUGAUUUUGAUCGUAGUUUGUCAGGCUUGGAAGCUGACCUUUGCACUUCGUCAAAUAACAUGAGCUCCUCAGUAUUUGCUGUGCCUGAAAUUUCUGCUCGUAAAGAAGAUGCAAGGGGCAGCUUGGCUUCCUCUGCUGUUGAUACAUUUCGCUGUCUCCAAGAUCUGUCUGGAGACAUUGCAAGCAACCUGCAUGGAUCUGCAAAGUGUCAAAUAGAAUGUUACCCAUUUAGCCUUGUACAUGGAAAGAAGAUCCGUUAUUCUCAGCUUACUGAUAUUGAUUGUACGAAUAGUGUCAAACGUUUUUGUUUCAACAAAGAACUGGAGCAUUCUGAAAAUUUCCAAACAUCCAGAUGCCGUCCACAUAAUUUAUCUACUCCAGAGGUACGUGCAAGUAGCCAUUUUUAUUCAACUGGGUCAGUAAUAAACACUGUUCUUUCACAAGUUGUGCAACUUCCAGUUGUUCCUGCACCACAGACUGUUGAUCAAGGUAAUCAGGGGCCACCACCGCCAUUUCAUUGUAUUCUUAUGGCUCCAACAUCAGUUUCAACAAAGAUAAAUGAAGAGACUUUGACAUAUUUAAAUCAAGGGCAGCCUUACGAGGUUAGAAUAAAGAAAACUGGAAGCUUUCCAUAUGAAAAAAAUAUGAUAUUUAAAAGUGUCGUCCAUGUAGGUUUUCAAGAACGGCGUUUACAGUUUAUGGAAAAGGAGCAAAUAAAGGAAUGGCAGGCUCAAAGACCUGGUGAAAGAAUUCUUGAAAUUGACCUUCCUCUUUCAUAUGGCAUCUUGGAAGCCACUUGUUGUCCUUUGAAUGUCAAUGUGUGCGAGUUUUUAUGGGACUGCAGUCGAGAUGUUGGUGUAUUUCUAAAGCUGAAUUGCAUAAGUACCGAAUUUACUCAAAAAAAGCAUGGAGGCGAGAAAGGUGUUCCCUUUCGUAUUUUGAUUGAAACAUAUACUCAUGAUUCUACCUCUCAAAAGUUACAUUCAGCUUCCUGCCAGGUGAAAGUUUUCAAGCCAAAAGGAGCAGACCGGAAACAUAAAACUGACAGGGAAAAAAUGUGUAAGCGUUUGCAGUCUGACAAAGAAAAAUAUCAUCCUCAGUUUGAAUAUACUGUGUUUAGAGAUCUUUGCUAUUCUGAUCUGUGGAAUUCAACACAGUCAAAUAUUUCAUUGUAUACUUCAGUAACUUCAACACCAUGUUCUCCUAUAUCAAGUGGUUGCUCACCAAAUUCUCAGUUAGAAUCAUUAGUGGAUUCUCAUAAAAAUGAUUGCCAUAGUUGUGAUGGUCCGCAAGCUACAUCUACUACAGAAAUUCAGGAAAUCACUGAAAGUCAUCCUAACAAAAUUGCCUCAUUAACACAUGAUUCUACUGUUGAAGAGUGUGCCUCAUGGCUGCAAAGAAAUAUGUUUACUAAUUAUGUAAAAGACUUCUCAAACUUUACAGGUGCUGAUAUUUUGAACCUAACGCGUGCUGAUUUAAUUGACAUAUGUGGCACUGCUAAUGGGAUUCGUCUAUUCAACACUCUUCAUGGAAAGUGCUAUUUAACCUUAUAUAUUCGCUUGCCCUCCCAGAAAGCUUAUAGUGCCAUUUAUUUAAAAACUGCCAAACUAUUUGAACUCAGCUCAAAAUUAAAAUCAUUUUGUGGGUUUCCAGCAGAUUAUACCUGUGAAUUAUAUGUUAGUGGGCCAUCAGGUACACGUGUGAUAGUUACGGAUGAGGUCAUAUGUAAUAUGUUGCAGGAUUCAUUAUUUGUUAUUGAAUGCAUAGAAGGCCACUGUGAAGAGCCUUGCUGCAUGUUUCUAAAACAAAUGAGAGCUUGACUUGUUUUAAUGAAAUGCUGUCAUACAUAAAAUUGAUUAAAAAGUAUUAUGAACCAUUUUAAUGCUAUCAAAUAAUCUUAUAUUAAUCAUAAAUUUCAUAAUUUGAUAUAUGUGAUUGCUGUACCUGAUGGCAUUCUCUGUAAUUCCACUGGAACAUGGUGUGUUUAAAUGUCUGCUUCGUUUUUUAUUUCUAAUUUUGUAAAUCGUCGCAUUUAUAUAUAUAUAUAUAUAAUAUAUAUAUAUAUAUAUAUAUAUAUAUAUAUAUAUAUUUUUUUUUUUUUUUUUUUUUUUUUUUAACUUUUGUUCAUGAUAUUCUGAUGUUAACUGCGUUUAAAAAGAAAGACAAUUUUCUAAAUCCAGAUCUUUUUCCCUUUCUUUCCAGAAAUAUGUUUUAUUUUAUGCUGCGUGUUAAAAAAAUAUUUAUUUCCAUAUGGAUGCCUGAUUUACAUUUUUGUUUGUAGUACUCAUCAGAAUUAUGAAUUUUAAAUUUCAGUCAGACCGUACAUAAACGAAUAAGUACUUUUCCUGACAUGUAUGAUAAGUUUAAUACAUAUGAAAACAUUAGGCGCUUAACUGGGCUCUUAAAUUCUCCAAAUGAGUAAUGUUUGUUUUCAGUAUUCUGCGAAGCAGUUUAAUAAUUUUGUAUAAAAGAAGAGUUCCUUUGUGUACCUAUUUUGUGUUCAUUUUGUAUUUUUUUAAAUGUAGAAAACUUUGGAUAACUGUUUGUUAUAUCUUGUUAGAAAAACAUUUGCUUAGUGUUCAUAUUCAUCUUUUUAUAUUUCAUUCUUAAUCUGUGAUUUUUAAGUCAUCUGUCUGUACUGAGUGUUAAAUAAUAAAUGUAAUUCUUGAAAAAUAAAUGAACAUAUACAUAAAUUGUAAACUCA